AGCCCCUGCUCCCCCCUCGACUUCAACUGAGGCUCCUGCACCCCCGUCCACUUCAACCGAGGCACCAGCUCCGCCACCAACGUCAACCGAAGCUCCCCCUCCCCCUCCGACCUCUACCGAGGCUCCGCCACCACCACCGAGCUCCACUACGACCAAGGCGCCAGCUCCCCCGGGCACUUCCAAGCCAGCACCUCCCGUCACUACUCCCGUGCCUCCUGCUCCGAUUGAGACAUGCACAGCGCAUCUUUUGGUCGAUGACUUCUCAACUUGGGCUGAUGGAGAAAACUCGCUCAAGGGUGCUACCAGUGGUAAGUAAAGAACCCAGCACUCCUUAAAAAGGGAAUUCAACUAAACAGUUUUAGAUGACCAAACCAUGAACGCAACCAGCACCGACGGCGGCAUCCUAACCUUCACGCCGAACAACAUCGAGGUCUCCUACAUCUACGAGCAGUUCAACUGCCUAGAUGCCACGAGCCACGGCUACGACUCCGUAUCCUUCAACAUCAAGGGUCCCGAGGCAGCUUCCGUGUCCAUUGAGCUGCAGACCGUAGCUGAAUGUGACGCCACCGAGUACCAAAGCUACUACUAUACGGUCGAUGGCCUAAGCGGUUCCUUACAGACCAUCAACAUCCCGCUGAACAGCUGGACAGACGCCAACCUCCAAGGCGUCGUGGGUUUCCUGUGGUACGGUUUCUCGGCUGGCUUGACUGGUACUGACAACGAGUGGCAACUCGACAACGUGCAAUUCCUGUGCGCUGACGUCCCGCCACCUGAGGACCCAGCUCCGCCUACGACUACUGCGGGCCCUGAACCUACGGAUGAGCCCGGCCCGGGAAUCACUGUUACCACGACUGUUACUGUAACCCCAACGGAAACUGACACUGGAAGCUGGAGCACGCCGACCCGCACUACCACGAGAAGGCCUGUUCCUACCACCACCACCCGACGUCCUACUUGGCCAACUGACCCUCCUUGGUGGGAUGACGACCCAUGGUGGGGUGGCUGGUCCGAGAGUGGAAGCCGGCCGGCCUCUGCUGCUGCCGCCACAGCUACCGCAUCUCCAGGGACCUGGCAGACCAACAACAAGCUCGCGGCCCGAGCUGACGAGUGCAGUCACAUCCUUGUUGACGACUGGGUUUCUCAAUCGCGUCUGACAUUUCUGUACUACAACGCCCUGCUUGAAUCUAGCAGCGACGAUGGUACCAUGAAGUCCAUUGUUGUUAAGAACAACCGCGUAACUUUCACCCCCGUGGACACUGAUUCGUACUUCUAUACCCAGCUUGGUUGCAUCGACGCCGAAGCUUACGGAGGUAUCUCACUCCGUAUCAAGGCAGCCGCCGGUACAACUUUCGACGUUCAGCUUUCGUCGACCAAGGGCCAGUGCGGCACUGAGGAGACUGAGGACAUCGUUUUGACUAGCAGACAACUUGGCUGGACCUUCAACGGACAGGAGCAACUCUACUCCAUCCCCUUCUCUAAGUUCGAGGGUCUUGAUUUGACCAAGUUUGAAACGAUCUACAUCUCCAACCUGAAGAAGGCCGUGACUUUCGGACCCGUGAGCUUGUACUGCGGUGAGACCGUCGCGGAGUACAUCCCACCGGCAGUCAUUGAGCCAUCCGGGCCCACUGAGACCGUUCCCGCCCCGGCAAGCAAGGCCACCAACCUUGUUAUCGACAAAUUCGCCAACAAGGACACCAACGCCCUAAACCAAUGGCACGGUGCUGACGAUGGAAUGACCUUGACAUUCAAGAAGAACACCAUGACCCUCAAGACCAACGACUCGGACCUAAUGUGGGUGACUCAAGUAUCUGAGACCUGCCGAGACUUGUCCGAGUUCGACGGAUCUUACCUCCACAUCGCCUACACCGGAAGCAACCUGUUCACCGUCUCCCUCCAGCAGCACAACGAGAAGUGUAACAACAGCAUUUCCCCCUACCCCGAGACCUGGGACUCUCUUGAGGCCACCAGAUACGCCACCGAGACUGACAUUUACAUCCCGCUUGAGCACUUCAACGUCAACCGCUCGCGAUCCAUCGGUUUCGCAUUCAAGGGUUUCUACAGCACGACGCCGACUGUGUUCUCCAAGAUCGAAAUCGUCAACGAGGUUCCGGAGGACUUUUCCAUCCCGGAGAAGCUACCCUCUGGUCAAUUUGUCUUCUCCUGCAAGCGACCUAACUCUUUCGCUUUCGCUAUUGAUGACGGUGACCCAAUAUUCGCACAACAAGUCAUGAAGACCAUUGACGACGCCGGCAUCACUGUGACAUUCUUCACCGUCGGUGCUCCUCUCCGAGACCCCUCGACCAACUUGAGCGCAAUCUAUAACGAGAUGGCCUCUAAGGGCCACCAGAUCGCGUUACACAGUUACACUCACCCGCCGCUAGAGGGUCUACCAGAUGAAGCCUCGAUCGACUGGGAAUACAGCAACGAUAUCGAAGCCGUCAAGGAGACCUUCAACGGAUUGACACCCAAGUACUUUAGACCACCAUUCGGAACCGAGGGUGCUCGUAUGCGUCAACGAUUGGCUGCUCUCAUCGACGAGCCUUACAUCGUACAAUGGAGUGUCGACGUCGAGGAUUGGCUCUGGGCUGAAUCUGACACCCCGGAGAAGCAACUCGAGGCUUUCAAGCGAGAUGUUGCCAAGGGAGGUGACAUCGUGGUUAUGCACUACCUGUACAACAGCACGGUCAGCUACCUCAAGGAAUUCAUCGAGAUAGCCAAGGCUACCGGUAAGCAGCUGAUGCGUGUGGACCAAUGUAUGAUGGACCCCAACGCACCUCCUCUACCGGAUGAGGAAGAGUAGAGAAGUGAUAUCUCAGGGGUACCGAAUCCAAAAAGUUUUAUCUUAUCCCAUUCCAUGCGUUAGCGUCUAAUAAAACCACCAUUGUCGUUGAAGUAUUUGUAAAAGGCUCCUGACUGGAGAUGUUCCGAUUUGUUGUGGAAAAUGUGACCUUAGUAAUCGCCCUUGUAAACCUCCACCUUAUGAAGGCGCCAUCACCAAGAAAUCCACAUUUGAAGGUAUGUCGACCUGACAAGAGGAUUCCUAGCUGCUGCAGUAAUAUCCCAUCAUGGCAUCAAAACACGACGUCCAAUGAACUUUGUGUCUUUUGCAUAUGUACAACCAUAGACUAGCCUACCGCAUGAGAAGUUGUAGUGUAGAAUAAUCAGAAGGUUGCGUGCUCGUCUGCUAUGGAUGGCGCCGA